CUCUUGAUGACAUCUACUCUUCUUUCUUCACAGAUUCCUUAUCUCCCACCAAGAAUCCAACCCUUCCUUCAUCUCCAACAAAGCCUUCACAUUCCUCUUUGCUACCAUUAAUGAUCCCAUAGCUCUCGCAUACCCUUGAUCCCUUGCUCUUCCUUCUCUCCCAAAUGGCGGCCACCAACUCUCUACAGUCCCUCCAUCACCAUCACUCCCUCCUCAAGUUCCUCCCCUCGGACACCUCCCCGCCCUCCUCCCUCUUCCUCAAGCCCACCACCUCCAUCUCCACUGCCACUAACAUUUCUCGCUCCCUCUCUAUUUCAACAACCACCACUGCCUACUCCAUCUCCCCCGCCACCUCCACUGCUCCCUCCACUUCCAAGACCUUCUCCCUCAACCUCCUCCAGCAACACCUCUCCGACCAAAACUUCCGCGAAGCCGAUGAGGAAACCCGCAGGCUGCUCAUAGUUCUAGCUGGUGAGGCAGCACAGAAACGUGGCUAUGUCUUCUUCUCUGAAGUCCAGUUCAUACCAGAACAAGACCUUAAAGACAUUGAUGAACUGUGGAAAAAGUACAGCAACAACAAAUUUGGAUACAGUGUUCAAAAGAGAAUAUGGCGACAAAAGGGUAACAAGGACUUCACCAAAUUUUUCAUCAAAGUUGGGUGGAUGAAGAAGCUUGAUACCGAGGUUGAGCAAUACAACUAUAGGUCUUUUCCUAAUGAGUUCAUUUGGGAGCUCAAUGAUGAUACUCCUGAAGGUCACUUGCCUCUGACAAACGCACUUAGAGGCAUACAGUUGCUCAACAACAUUCUUAGCCAUCCUGCUUUUGAGGUAGAUGGAGAAGUGGAGGAAGAUAAGGUUGAAAGCAAUGAAAAUGGAGGGCUUAAGGGAUUGAGGGAUAGCUCAAAGCCUCCAUUAAGCAACAGAGUAUUUAAAACAGAUUACAGCUUCUGAGUACGAAAUUUGAACACAACAAAAGAUGGGAUUUGGGUUGUUUUUUUUUUUACAUACAUGUAAUGAAAGUUGUUGAUCGACUGCUUUCUUUUUUAUUUAUUUUUCUUUAUUUUCAUGCUUCUGUUUAUUUUGGCCUUUUCAGUGAACAAAUAUUAAAUAUAAA